AUGGAUAGCAAACUUGAAAAGAUUUUAUUGCUUGCUGGAGGAACUGCCGUAAUUGGUGCUGCUGUGUGGUGGGUCUGGAACAAAUAUUUCGAGGAUGACAGCGAUGAUGAUGAGGAAGAAGACGAGGAAACUCAGCCCCAAGUUUCUGAGGAGCCGAAGCAGGAGUAUCCCAACUUGCCCGUUUCAAAGGAAUUGAUGAUCAAGUUAUAUAGCGAGAUCUCUGAGGGUGUUGAAUUGGUGAUGCUCCAGCUGGCCAAAUACGAAGAGCAGCUCUCCACGAACCCUGCCUAUAGUCCCGAAAUGGUUGCCAAGGAAAUGAACAACAAGUUCACUUUAAUGCUGGACACGCUGGAAAACGAAGCGUACAAGAGAUACAACGUUAGCAAAGACGAUGCCAACGCGUCCUACCAGAUUCUUCAAAACGAUCGCGACUUCAAGCGUGCGACGUACCGUCUGCGCAGCAUCUUCGCGAUGCUCAACGGAGAGCAGCCGGAAGCCCCGGAUCUUCCCGAGUUCAUGACGAUGGAGCUGACGAUGAAGAUCUGCGAAGAAAUCGUGGGCAAGUCGGCCGCGACGAUGAGCGAGGUGAUGGAGGAGAAGCAGAAGGAGCUGGGCGCGGCGUCGAUCCCCGACUUGGCGAAGCAAAUGGAGACGAACGAGGAGCUGCAGCAGAGCAUCAUGGAGAGCUACAUGCAGAAGCUGGACGUGCAGCGCCAGGAGAUCCUGAAGAAGUAUAAGAUCGAUAAGGCGAUCCUGCAGAUUGCGAUGAUGGUGUAUCAGAACGAUCCCACCUUCCAGAAGGCGUUCAUGGAGAUCACGCAGAAGCAGCAGGAGGAGCUCAGACGCAUCGGCGUGCAAAUGUAAUGGGGCAACAGGGUGGUGUUUUGAAUGUUUUAUUGC